AGUGGGACACCAGCUCCACCCAGACCAACUCCACUCAGACCAGCCCCAACCUCACCAGCUCCACCCAGACCAACUCCACCCAGUCCAGCUCCACCCAGACCACACCAGCUCCACCCAGACCACACCAACUCCACCCAGACAAGCUCCACCCAGACCAACUUCAUCCUCACCAGCUCCACCCAGACCAACUCCAUUCACACCAGCUCCACCAAGAUCAGCUCCACCCAGACCAGCUCCACCCAGACCAGCUCCACCCAGACCAACUUCAUCCUCACCAGCUCCACCCAGACCAACUCCAUUCACACCAGCUCCACCAAGACCAGCUCCACCCACACCAGCUCCACCCAGACCAGCUCCACCCACACCAGCUCCACCCAGACCAGCUCCACCCUCACUAGCUCCACUCAGACCAGCUCCACCCUCAACCAGCUCCUACCUCACCAGCUCCACCCAGACCAGCUCCACCCACACCAGCUCCAGCUCCACCCACACCAGCUCCACCCAGACCAGCUCCACCCUCACCAGCUCCACUCAGACCAGCUCCACCCUCACCAGCUCCUACCUCACCAGCUCCACCCAGGCUACACCAGCUCCACCCACACCAGCUCCACCCAGACCAACUCCACUCAGACCAGCUCCACCCAGACCAACUCCACCCAGACCAACUUGACCUGGACCAACUCCACCCACACCAGCUCCACCUACACAAGCUACAGCCUCACCAGCUCCACCCAGACCAGCUUCACCCACACCGUCUCCAUCCACAUCAACUCCACCCAGACUAGCUCCAGAUUCACCAGCUCUCUCAUCAUAAAGCACAAAUUCAAAGGAGCAACUGGGAAAUAGUGAGCAGAAUCUGGUUAAUAAUGAUGUAUAAAAUUUCAUUAGAUGUUUUAAAAGUACUUUUAAGCAUCUUAGAUAAAAUUACACAUUCUCAUCAAAAACUUACAGACUGUCACUUUAAGUUAGAUCACUUUGUACAAACUCAGCUAGGUGAGCUAGCUGACUUUGCAGUGCAGUUUACCAUAAUGAUUGUGAAGUUUUACCCAGGUUGAGCCCAGGAUUUAUACAUUUAUACAGAGUGUGGAAGCUAAGCAAUGUCGAGCCUCUUGUUAUUCUAUAAACUGCAGAAUAAAGAU